CACUUGCUGCUCUGAUUUCAAAGCUAGCUUUGUCAUUAUUCUGUGCUGAAGAGGGACGAUUGUGACACACUCUGUUCAAGCUGCGUGCGGGAAAUAUAUAGCCAGCACGGUGUAUCCGACAGGGAGAGCCAGCCACACUCAUCAUUUCGAUACCAUGGCAGCAAUCUUAGUGACAGGCGCGACGGGCAAGCAAGGCAGCGCGCUUAUUAAAAAUCUGGUCGCCAAAAAUGCACCCUAUGAGAUCCUUGCCGUGACGCGAAACUCCAAUUCCGGAAUCGCUCACCAACUGCUCCAACUAUCAUCCAAGAUUAAAAUCGUCGAGGGAAAUCUGGACAACCCCACGGGAAUUUUUGAUAAUGCGCACAAAGCCACUAAGUCCCCGAUCUGGGGCGUUUACAGUGUCCAGGUGGCCAUCGGCAACGGCUCCCAGGAAGAACCCCAAGGCAAAGCCCUCGUCGACGAAGCCCUGAAGCAGAACGUCAAGUUCUUCGUGUACAGCUCCGUCGACCGCGGCGGCGAGGCCUCGUCCACCACUCCGACCAAGAUCCCCCACUUCCAGCACAAACACAACAUCGAGCGGUACCUCGUUGACAAGUCCAAGAACACCGAGAUGAAGUGGUUCAUCCUGCGCCCGACGGCGUUCUACGAGAACCUGGUCCCGGGCUUCUUCGGCAAGGUCUUUGCCACCUGCUUCAAGAUGGCGCUCAAGGGCAAGCCGCUGCAGAUGGUGGCCACCAGCGAUAUCGGGUACUUUGGCGCCGAGGGCUUCCUGCACCCGGAGGCCUGGGAGGGCAAGGCGCUCUCCUUGGCGGGCGAUGAGAUCACCUACGAGCAGAUGGUCGAGAUCUUCCAGAACAAGACGGGACAGCCCAUCCCGUCCACCUUCCGGAUGCUGUGCUCCAUGUUCAUGGCCUCGAUGAAGGACAUGGGGUAUAUGUUCAAGUGGUUCCACGAUGAUGGGUACAAGGCUGAUAUCCCGGAGUUGCGGCGGAUGCAUCCGGAGCUGAAGGAUUUUGGGACGUGGUUGGAGACGGAGAGUGAGUUUGAGACGAAAGAGUGAGGGGACAUGGCAAAUUGUUCUGUUGAUGGGGGCUUGGCGCUGCUUGGAAUUCUACUUUACUUGAAGAUGGAUGUAAACUAGCAAUCUGUGGGAUAGUUACUUCUUAUUGUAAUAAUUUUAUGCUGAGGAUUUGGUGAAUUAUGCAGUGCGGAGCUAAGGCGGAUGCAGGAUGACUCAGCGGACCCAUCCGCCGCCUC